CAAAGUAACUUAUCUUCUCUCUUGAAAGAAAAAUGCCACAGAGGAAUUUAGUACUAUUUUCCACAACUAUGGUUGUGCUAUUGCUAUCUAGCACAGUGCUCACACAAGCACAACCACGAUCAUGGACAGCAUUCCAAGCAUCCAAAGAACUAGCCACAAAGCUUAGUCGUAACCCUCAAACCUUUCCACAUGCCUCAACCGAUUAUGGCCACAUAGUUCACAAAACCCCAGUGGCAAUUUUCAAUCCAUCUUCUGUUAGUGACAUCUUGGCCUUGAUACAUUUCUCAAACUCUCUUCCUAACCCAUUCCCCAUAGCCCCUAGAGGGAAAGCACACUCUGUUCAUGGACAAGCCAUGACAAAAGAUGGGGUGGUGUUGAAUAUGACUAACCUCAAUAGCAGUUUUCAAAAUGGGUUAGGGGUUUUGGUGUCUGCUUGUGAUGGAAAAGGUCCAUUGAUUUGUUAUGCUGAUGUAGGUGGUGGCCAAAUGUGGAUCGAUGUCUUGCAUGCAUCCCUUGAACGUGGACUCACACCUUUGUCUUUGACUGAUUAUAUGUAUGCCACUGUUGGGGGCACACUAUCUAAUGCUGGCAUGGGUGGCAUGUCCUUUCGAUUUGGACCUCAGAUCUCUAAUGUUCUUGAAUUGGAUGUUAUUACAGGGAAAGGAGACCUUGUGACUUGCUCCAAGGAGCAGAACUCAGAGGCAUUUUACGCUGCUCUUGGAGGAUUAGGUCAAUUUGGGGUGAUAACAAGAGCAAGAAUACCUCUAGGACCUGCACCUACUAGGGUAAAAUGGCUCCGCCUGCUAUACAACAACUUCACUGCAUUUUCAAGAGACCAAGAACAUUUAAUAUCGUUCAGUGAAAGGAAUGACAUUGCUACAGCAGAUUAUGUAGAAGGCAUGCUUCUAUUGAAUCAGCCGCCACUGGAUCUUCUCUUUUAUCCAGCUUCUGAUCAUCAAAGGUUAACUUCCUUGGUAACUCAAUAUGGCAUUAUCUACAUCUUGGAGCUUGCCAAAUACUAUUACAAUAACUCUCAGGCACAUGUCAAUGAGGAAGUUGCAUAUUUGCUGAAAGGGUUAAACUUUGUACAUACAUUUGUGUUCGAAAGAGAUGUGUCAUACGAGGAGUUUGUGAACAGAGUUUAUCCUUUGGAGCAAAUGCUUAGGUCAGAAGGACUUUGGGAAGUUCCUCACCCUUGGCUGAACCUCUGGGUUCCAAGAUCUAGAAUCUCAGAUUUUGAUGAAGGUGUUUUCAAGGACAUUGUUCUUAAGCAAAAUAUUACUGGCGGAAGUUUUCUAGUCUACCCAACAAACAGAAGAAACAAGUGGGAUGAUAGGAUGACACCAAUUACACCUGACGAAGAUGUUUUCUACGUUGUAGAUUUUUUGCGUGUUGCUAAAACGUUUGAUGUGGUGGAGAAACUACAGGUUCAAAACAAACAGAUACUGCGGUUUUGUAAUGAUGCUGGUAUUAAGAUCACAGAGUAUCUUAUCGGGAACAAAACUCAUCAACAAUGGGUGGAACACUUUGGCCCAAAAUGGAAACUUUUUGCAGAUAGAAAAACUGAAUUUGAUCCCAAAAAAAUAUUGUCACCUGGACAUGGGAUUUUCCAGUAAAUAAUGUGCUAGGUUUCAGUGAAAUCUCUCAUUUUGGAAAUUCAUGAAAUAAAAAUGAAAUUCUGUACCAGAAAAAAAAAAACUUGUUGUGUAAUUCUGUGCCAAACAUACAUUGAAUUGGAUUGAAGUUAUUAUGCAA